CUUUCUUGGUCAUUUUACUCUUUGUAUGUUUUUUGGCAAAAGAUAUAUAUUUUAAGGUCAUUUGAGAGAUUCAAGCCUUAAUAUAUAUGAAGUAUAAAAUAAAAUGAAUCCUACGAAAAUAAUGUGUUUCCUCCAAAUAUUAUUUUACUUACAUUUCUAUUUAAACAAUAACAAGAUGUGCCCCUUCAAAUCAGAAAUACAAGUACAAACUCCUUUUGUUUCUUUCAAUGGAAUUUCAGAGCACAAUCAACCUCUUAGCACUCGUUCUUCUGCCCUUUGUUGUUCCCAAGAUAUGGGAAGCUUGUUGGAUCUUUCUUUUGCGGCCAUGGAUGAUAACAAGAAGAUUCAAGAAACAAGGAAUCUCAGGCCCAAAAUACAGAUUCAUAUACGGAAACCUCAAGGAGAUAAAGAAGAUGAAGAAAGAAGCUAAGGGUUGGGUUCUUGAUCCCAACUCCAACGAUAUCUUCCCUCGUGUGUUUCCUCAUUAUCACCAAUGGAUGUCUCAAUACGGAGAAACAUUUCUGUAUUGGAAUGGAACAAAACCGACUCUAUUCAUCUCAGAUCUUGAACUAGGGAAACAGAUUUUGUCGAGCAAGUUAGGUUUCGCUGUUAUAGCAAAGACAAGACCAGAGGUCCUCAUGCUUUUUGGUAAAGGACUUUCUUUCAUAGAAGGUGAUGACUGGGUUCGCCAUAGACGAAUCUUGAACCCUGCUUUCUCAAUGGACCGACUAAAGGUCAUGACAAAAGAGAUGGUGAAUUGCACCUUGAGAAUGCUGGAGGAGUGGAGAAUACAGAAGAAUGGUGAAGAAGUGGUGCUGAGGAUGGAGAUUAACAAAGACUUUCAUAGAUUGAUCUCUGAUAUUAUUGCGACCACUGCGUUUGGAAGCAGUUAUGAGGAAGGGAUUGAGUUGUUUAGAUCACAGUCAGAGCUUGAGGAAUAUUUUGUUGCUUCUCUCACAAGCGUCUUCAUCUCAGGAACACAAUACCUUCCUACACCAACCAACCUUCAACUAUGGAAGCUUGAUAAGAAAGUGAAGGACUCAAUCAAAAGAAUGAUAGAUGCAAGGCUAAAAUCAAGUUCUAAUAACUAUGGAGACGAUCUUCUAGGGAUCAUGUUGAAAGCUGCAACAUCUGAGGAGCCUGCGAAAAUGAUGAGGAUGGAUGAGAUUAUAGAGGAAUGCAAGGCUAUAUAUUUCUCAGGUCAAGGAAAUAGUGCGAUUCUAUUGACAUGGACUAUGUUGUUGCUGAGCUUGCACCAAGAUUGGCAAGAGAAACUCAGAGAAGAGGUUUUCAAUGAAUGGGGUAAAGAUACCAUCCCAGAUUCAGACACCUUCACCAAACUUAAACUGAUGAACCUGGUGUUGAUGGAGUCGCUUCGUCUGUACGGACCCGUGAUUAAACUGGUCCGAGAAGCAACAAAAGAUAUGAAGAUAGGACAUUUGGAUAUCCCCAAGGGCACGAGCAUAAUCAUCCAAUCCCUGAAGAUGCACACCGACAAGGCCGUAUGGGGAGAAGACGCCAAACAAUUCAAUCCUCUGCGGUUUGAAAACGGUGUUUCUAAAGCCGCCAAUCACCCAAACGCACUUCUUCCGUUCUCAGUCGGACCAAGAACUUGCAUUGCCCAAAACUUUGCCAUGAUGGAAACCAAGACCGUGCUCACUAUGAUCCUUCAACGGUUCCGGAUUAGCCUCUCCCCUGAAUAUAAGCACACCCCGGUCGAUAAAUUCAACCUCUAUCCGCAAUACGGCCUACCCGUAAUGCUUCAGCCUCUCGAUACUAGUGCUCAACCGUGAGGAAGAUAACAAACCAAGAAUCUUACCGGGUUUGGUAAAGUUCAAGAUGAUAAUAUGGAUAAGCUUAAAUAAAACAGAUAAUAAGACGAAGAGAAAAACUGAUUACAGAAUUCUUUAGUGACAUUUUCAUGUUGGAUGAGAAUAUAACGUGGUAGAAACGAUGUUCGUGCCCUUCUAAAUUCCCCAGCCAUGAUUAUUGCGGUUGGUAUUAAUAAGAAUUAGUGUUUGAAUAA